UAUUCCAGGAAGUGCUUCGUGAGGGCGUACCGUUUGUGUAUAGCUGCACGGUUCUUACAAAUUAAGAGAUUUUUACUGUUUAACGUGUACUCGGGUGAGGUCUGAACAUGUCCGGGGGGACCCGCUUGGAGAACGCAAACCCUGUGAUUUUCCAGCGGUCGGGGGAGAGGCUGCUGACGGCCUCAGAAGAGGAUGAGGACGUCCACGACCCCAUCGACGACAGAGAAAUAUUCGAUCUGAUCAGAUCCAUCAAUGAUCCAGAGCAUCCACUGUCACUGGAGGAGCUCAAUGUUGUGGAGCAAAUUCGAGUCAAGGUUAAUGAUGCAGAGAGUACUGUGGGUGUUGAGUUCACGCCCACCAUCCCCCACUGCAGCAUGGCAACACUCAUUGGUCUGUCAAUCAAAGUCAAGCUUCUGCGCUCCCUGCCAGACAGGUUCAAAAUUGAUGUUCAUAUCACUCCUGGGACUCAUGCCUCAGAGGAAGCAGUGAACAAGCAGCUGGCAGACAAAGAGAGAGUGGCAGCAGCUCUGGAGAAUGCAUCUCUGCUGGAGGUGGUCAACCAGUGUCUGUCUACCAGGAGCAUCUGAACAGCCUGUCAGCUUUUAGACUCUGAUAUUUGCAGCGGGACAUGUUUGGCUCUUUCUUUGACAACUGACUUUGUGUCUACCAAGUUCUCUGACCACACAUCCCUACUCCUGGUAUGAGUAGAGGAAAGAGUCACGAUCAUACCGUCUAUACACUGGCAACAUUUACUGAAGAAGAGUGCAGGGAAAGCCACUUCUUAAGUUCUCUGAGAAUAAUACAAUCUGACUGUAAUCUCAUAACGCACAGUACUUUGGAAAAAUAAAUUAUUCCUCCACCUGGAAAUUUUAACAGUAUGAAAAGGCAGAGAAACUCUACCUGUUUGGUUCUUCGCAUACACUCACUGGCCACUUUUUUAGGUACACCUGCUCAUUAAUGCAAAUACUGAUAAUCAGCCAGUCACAUGGGAAGAACUCAAUGCAUUUAAGCAUGUGUGCAUCACAAAGGUGACCCGCUGAAGUUCAAACUGAACAUCAGAAUGGGGAAGAAAAGUCUCCACCCCUUUAUGACCACAGUGUACCCACCGUGUGAUGACUGCUUCCAGCAGGAUAAUGCAUCAUAUCACAAAGGUCAAGUCUACUCUCACUAGUUUUCUUGAAUGUUACAAGACUUAGAUGGCCUCCACAGUCACCAGCUCUCAAUCCAAUAGAGCACAUUUGGGAUGUGGUGGAAUGGGAGAUUUGCAUGCUGCCUUGUUGAAUCUGUGCUACAGAGAAUUCAGGUGGUUCUGAAGGCAAAAGGGGGGUCCAACUUGGUACUACUUAGGUGUACCUAAUAAAGUGGCUGAGUGUACAUUGUAAGCUUUUUGAAACUGGCAUUGUGACUCACAGUUUUUCUGCAGCAACUGUGACUUCUAUAUAAUCAUAAUGCUUUUGAAAUGUUAUUAAAAAUAUACAGAUUAUCAAAA